AUGUAUGAGAAUCUCAAGUCCGAGUUUAUGGAUGCCUACGAUAUAGACGGUGAUGGUAGGAUCAACAUCGCGGAGAUGGUCGAGGUGCUGCCCUCGGAUGAGAGUUUUGUGGCCAUAUUUUGCAAUGAGAUUCCCAUCUCUUCCAGCGUAGAAUUCAUCCGGAUCUGGCACAAGUUUGAUACAAACAACGACGGUUAUAUUGAGACGGAUGAAUUGGUCAACUUCCUUACUCACCUCCUCUCAUUGAGCAAAAAGGAAGUGGCUCCGGAAAAGGUUAAGCAAUAUGCAGACACAAUUAUUGAGCUGUUUGACAAGAACAAGGAUCAUCGUCUACAACUCAGUGAAAUGUCUAGACUACUGCGAGUGAAGGAGAACUUCUUGGCAAAACCGCUAAUGAAGAACUCUAAGCUUCUCUGUUCUAGGGAGCUGCAGAACAUUUUUAACAAUUACGAUCGCGACGGCAACGGUUGGUUGGACCAGGAUGAGCUUGAUGGUCUAUUGAAGGAUUUCCUCGAGGCGAGUGGUCAGGACUGUGAAAAGGAGACCUUGGAUACAAUGCGAAAGAGACUUUUGAACGCUCUGGAUGAAGAUGGAGACGGGAAAAUAGGAGUAGAGGAACUUCGUACUCUGCUCAUACAUGGUAUGCGCAUGUCGUUGGAGGUUGAGGAUGAUGAAUCAGAACAGGGGAUUGAAAAUGCAGAUAGUUCAGCUGUCUAA